CGGUCCGGCUUAAGAGGUAGGUAUCAGGUACCUAACCUCCUCAGCUCUUAUCGGCAGCUGACUAAGUCCAAAUCUUAUGGGUACGGGAAACGUGGGACCCGAGAUUUUGUGGACCCGAGCUUUUUGCAUCUCCAAAUCUUCGCCGAGAAGAAGCGACAACGGGUCUAAACGACAGUCCAACGACAGUCCGGCAAGUCAUGAGGAUCGCUCAAUUGCAGCGGCCCAUAGUGGCGGCUGCUUCUGGAAUAUCGAGAACGGCACCUGGUAGUACCACUGCGAUACGACAGCUACGAGACGUGUUCGGACAGCUGAGGAUAGCGGCCAACAAUGCGGCCGUAGAAGGUCGAAGAAAUGCCACGGUCAAGGCCCAGGGAGCGUACAAGUUACGAGACUCGAGCACGAUUCCGAAGAAGUUGGGCGCGAAGAAGAGCGGUGACUCUUACGUGAUUCCUGGAAACAUCAUAUACAAGCAGCGCGGCACAAAGUGGUGGCCAGGCGAGAACUGCGGCAUGGGCCGAGACCACACCAUAUACGCCCUGGCUACGGGCUACGUCAAGUACUACCGAGAUCCCUCGCGGCACCCGGACCGGCAGUACAUCGGGGUCGUGUUCAACAAAGAGGACAAGCUCCCGUACCCAACGCACGUGAUGCGAAGGCGCAAGCUCAACAUGAUCGCGACCCCGAUCCCUCCGCCGCAGCCCGAGCCCGCCAUCUCCUCCUCCGGCAUCCCGACGCAGGUAGUGCGCCAGGGCUACGGCCGGAAGCCCCACCCCCGCGACGAGCGCGUCCUCAAGCUGAGGGACGACGGCAGCUACGCCUACGCCGAGGAGAGCUGGCGCCUCGGCAAGCUGAUCCGCACCGAGAAGCGCAAGCUCGGCAGUAGGAGGGUCGCCAUGAAGCACCGCCGCAGACGGGCGAAGGCUAUCGCGCUCGAGAUGCGCGCCGAGCGGGAAGACAAGAUUGCUCGCCGCAAGGAGGCGCUCGACGCGCAGCGCGCCGCGAAGGCGAAGCGUAUGCGCGAGUACAGGGCUCGUAGGGCCGCGGAGGCCCAGCAGAAGGCGGGUGGGUCGGGAGGCGACGUGCCACCUCCCGCAGCGGGAGGGAAGACUGAUCCUCCUAGGGUAGAGGCGUAGAGAAGAGACAUGAAAGCAUAAGAAUUAAUUUGAGAGACCCUCUAGCGUUUUUACGUGAAAGAACCAAGGUCCUUGGACAUUCCUCCUCCAAACUUGCUCAUAGAAUUAGGCACUCACAGAAGAGGUGGAUUAUUACGACUAUGGCCUUAGUU